AUGCCGGCGGCUUUCGUUCCGUUUGCGACCUUCUGCGACACUACCUUUUGGAAUGAAGUGAACAAGAAGAAGCUGAACGAAUGGAUGCUCGAUGAAACUCCAAAAGAUAUCUACGCUGGAUUUUCAAUCUGUUAGUUUUUUCCGGGGUUUUCAUGAGUUUUAUGCCACUGGUUGGGUGCAGAUGACACAGUCGGAGCCGAAUGUCGGAUAUCGCUGAGCUACGAGAGCUUAGGAGAGCAUUCGUCUUCGUCCUAUAAAGGGCAGUUGUCAUUGUGGAACACCCUCGAAGCCUUCAAGAAGCUUGACAGGACCUCCAUGAUAAAAAUAUACGGACGGAAAGUAAUUUUGACAGCUAGUUUCGACUUUCAAAUUGUACUUGAAGAUUUGGAAUAGCAUUAAAAGUGGGGAAUGGCUGAACGAUGUGCGCACUCUGUUCUACUUUUCUUUCACGGCUUUCGCCGACCUCAAAAAGUUCAAAUAUGUUUAUUGGUCGUGCUACCCAGCUAUUUGUUAUCCGCCGGAUAUCGAACAUAAUGUAAGGUCUGACAUUCCAGACUAUUUUUCUUAAUUUGUCAAUUUUACAGUCAUUAGUUCUUGAUGAUCCUAAGCCGUUACUUGAUUAUCACUUUUCAACGGGGGAAGUUGUUUUUAUUUUGGCUGGUGAUUCCUGCGGGAAAUUGUCAAGAUUAUCAGAGUUUUCUUCGUCGGAUCAAGUUUCCGUGAGUGGCUGAUUCAUCUAAAUUGUUCUAUUUCCCAUAAGUUGGUCAUUGCCGACCCUUCUCCAGUCGAAUCAACUUGUGGCUGGCCUGUCCGAAAUCUGCUCGCGGCGAUUUCCGUUUAUCGCCCUGAUUGGUCCACUGUUCAAUUGAUUUCUUUGCGUGGAAGCUCAAAAUGCUUUUCUCACAUCUUCUCCUGGCGGCAAGUUGAGGUUUCUGAAAGUAUUGAGAACAUACGAAAUUAUCGUUUCAAAGGUUUUAAAAAGAAGACUUCUUAACGCCAAAGGUCGAAAUGUCUUUAUUCAGGAGGCUACCCCCCAAUAUAAACAAUAUAUACACCCAAAUCAGUCAAAAGUUUUAAGACGGUGCAGUUUCGCAAUAAUAAAAAAUUCAACUUCCAUGAAAGUUGAAAAUUUCUCAUUUUUUCAUUUGAGAUAUUCAAUUGGUUCAAUACAACACAUCCAAUAUUUUUUUUGAUUAUUGAAAUGAAACUAGCACAAAUCUGACGCCGUUUUCCCCUAAUAUUAGUUUUUGAAUAAUUGUUUUCACAUUAUUUUUUAAAUCUUGCUUUUGUAGACUCCAGCGGAAUGUCCGGCCGUUGUAGGAUGGGAACGGAACGUCCAAGGAAAACUCCAACCGUAUUCUGUCGAUUUGAGUACACAGUUUGAUCCAAAAAAGUUACUUCAAAAAAGCUAUGGAUACAUAACUCGUUUUCUCAGGCUAAUGGAGCAGAGUGUCGACUUGAACCUUUCUUUGAUCAAAUGGAGACUUGUGCCAGACAUCAAAUUGGAACGGAUGUUGCAACUGAAGGUGCUUUUUCUCUCACACGCAGAUUGUUUUAUCAUCGCUCAGGCAUUGAUUUUGGGGGCUGGGACGCUCGGUUGCAACUUGGCGCGCGGAUUGAUGGCUUGGGGCGUCAAGAAAAUCACCUUCGUGGAUAAUUCUACCGUCAGUUAUAGCAAUCCAGUGAGGUCAGAGAAAGUGGCAUUCUUCAGCUAACAUUUUCUUUUAAAGGCAGUCUUUGUCGGAAUUCGGCGAUGCCUGCGAAGGUCGCGGUAAGGCAGAAACUGCGGCGGCUGCAUUGAAGCGCAUUUUCCCGUCGAUAGAUGCGCAGGCAGUUCGUCUGACCAUUCCGAUGCCAGGGCAUACGCUGGCAGAUUCGGGUUCGGCCAUUCGACGUCAAGAAUCGCUCAUGAUUCAAAUUCCAGAGUGCGAAAAUCUUAAAAAAGAUAUUGAUUUGAUUGAAAGCCUCGUGGAGCAACACGACGUGGUGUUUUUGGCGUUGGACAGCAGAGAAGCUCGUUGGCUUCCCACCAUAAUCGCAAAUAAACAUCGCAAGGUAUUCACUUUCCUCGACCAACUGCACAGAAAUUAUGUUCUUUGUGUACCAUUUGAAGCGAAUGUCCCAGAAAGCAACAAUUUGAAUAGUUGAAUUAGAAAAGCGAAAACGUAGUCUUUCUGCGAUGUUUAUCAAUUUUUAGACAAAAAAAUAUGUUUUUAAGUAGUUCUUCGAAGGAUUUUUUUAAUUUCAAAUAUGGGAAAAACUGUGAAGUUUCAAUAUGCAAUGAUCGGAAAAUGAGAAAACUCAUUGGAUUAAUUUUUUCUUGAUGAUUUUUGUCUUCUUCUGCUAUCAUCUCCAAUCCUUGAAGGUCUUGAUAAAAAACUCCGAUUUCUUUCAACUUUUUUUUUAAAAUGAGAUUAUAGAUAGUUAACAAUAAAUUUUUUGGCUUUCUAUUCCCAUUUUAAUUAGGCUAAAUAUUCUGCUGCAGCUUUGGAUUGAAUCGAAGUCUCAGCAAAGCCUGAUUUAUUGAGAAAUGUUGUUUUGCGUUUCAAUAGCUUCUGAUUUCAGAUCGCUAUCAGUGUGGGAUUGGGUUUCGACACUUACGUCGUGAUUCGCCAUGGCAUCGGAAACUACAGCCCAAGUUCCAGCAGUCCGGCCAAUGGUUAAUGGAAAUGAAAUCUUUUUCUCCAACAAGGUUUAUCUAGAAGCGACGGAAAUUUCGGCCAACAUGCUGGUCCCCUACUCGCAGCUGUCGUGCUACUUCUGCAGUGACGUCACCGCGCCAGGAAACUCGACGAACGAUCGAACUCUCGACCAACAGUGCACGGUUGGACGCUGUUUUCUUCACAGUUGAUCUCACUCGGACCUCUGUGCCCCAAACCGGACAAUUCCCGGCUCGCGUUACCUAGAUCCGAGUAAUCGCAAAAUCUUUUCUCAUUUUAUCUUAGAGUUUUCUUGAUGCAUGUGGUAAUGAUUGUUCAGAGUCUAAAAGUCUUUACUUGUCCGUAAAAUCGACAAUUUCCACGAAAAGAAAAGAAAAAGAUUUUUUUUUUCUUGGAGCUCUCGUAAACUUUAUUCUAUUCAUUUUUUAAACAUCUGUAAUAUAAAAUUUCUUUAGACCCAAAAAAAAAUCCAAUAGAGAAGGUGAAUGAAUAUAAAUUUUGAUUCCGAUCCAAAAAGGCUGUUGAAAAAGCCAACGUCCUUUCUUACAAUCAUCUAUCAAUAACUGAUGUUUGAAAACGAAAAUGUCUUAUGAACGUGCGUGUAUUCCUAAUGAGUCAAACGUAGAAAUAAGAAAGAUGACGGAACUUUUUUGAUCCCGCAAAUAAAACGAAAGCUCAUUCGCGGACGAUGCCUUGAAGGUAAUUUCAAUUGCAGGUAAGCCGUCCAGGUCUUUCGAUGGUCGCGUCGGGCGUCGCGAUUGAACUACUGUCAUCAGUAUUGCAAUACGAAAAUCCCCUGGAAGCUCCGUCGAACAUUUGCGAAGCCGAUGAAUCUUCAUCGCUUCUUGGCGCGACGCCACAUCAAGUUCGAGGCUUCAUUUUUAAGUUCCAACAAGUUGGUUAUCACUAGAACACAACUUCAAAAGAACUUUUCACGUUAGAUAACUCCAUGUGUUCGACGAUUUGAGAGAUGUGUCGCUUGUGGUACCGCUGUCUCAGAGGCCUACGCUGCCGAGGGCUGGAAAUUCGUCCGGGAGGUUUUUUUUUUCCUGUUCAUUCACUUUUCCUCAAAACGAUUUCAGGUUAUGAACUCUCCAUCACAUUUGGAACGUAUCACUGGCCUGGACCAGCUGCAGAACUCUGUCGACAAUGUACAAAUUGACUUUAGUGAAGACUCGGACUCUUUGAUGUCCUUAUGA